UAAACAGAGCAGUCAACCUUGUGUGAACGCAGUUAGCUUUCUUUACUGACUGUAUUUUACAACAACAACACCGCUGUAAGCACGCAUUCCUAAUGUCGUGUAUCGACGGCCAAACAACUCCGAGCCGAGGCAUCCAAGUUAACUCAACUGCAAAGUAGACAGGCUCUCCCCUCAGGUCGACGAAGGACAAAGGAGACGUAAUGGCUGAGACCGAUGAGAAAUCCACUGCGCUUGACGCAGGUGGCUCUGAAGAAAAAGAGACAGAAGAAGAUCAACACAAGGAGACAGAUGCCUCUGGCAGCAAAGAGGGACAAACACAGUCUUCUUCUCAAGAUGCUCCCAAAGACACAGGAGAGGCAUCUGGAGACAAGCCAAUGCCAGAUGUGGAUGGAGAGAUUGGUCGAAACCAGGAGGGAGAGGAGGAAGAGGACACAGACAGCAUGGAUGGCAGCGGGCAUUACUCACUGACUGAGGAUGGUGAAAGAGAGAGUGAGGGAGGCAGACAGGAGAGAGCAAAGGUUAAAGAUGGCGGGAAAAGGGCUGCUAGAAAGAGAAACAGACCUGGCGGCGGCACCAAUCACUCCACCAGCUCGGAUGAAGACGACGACGAAGAAGAAGAACAGAAAGAUGAUGAUGAUGAAGACGACGAUGGUGAGGAGAUUGAGGCCUGGCUGGGAGCAGAGCUCUCUGACCUCCGUGGGCCCCCGUGGCAGGCGAUCCCGUCACUGCGCUCCCGGGAGCUCGGCAGGGACUCUCACCAGUUUGUGAAGCGUGUGUGUGGAUCCCGUGGCCUCGUGCAGCGGCUGGAGCUCCAGGGCCGGCUCGAGAAGCACAAGGGCUGCGUCAACACGUUGCACUUCAACCCCUCGGGCACCCGCCUGGCUUCAGGCAGCGAUGACCUGCGAGUGGUGAUCUGGGACUGGGCUGUCCGCCGCGUCGAGAUGGAGUUUGACAGCGGCCACAAGAGCAACGUCUUUCAGGCAAAGUUCCUGCCUCACAGCGGAGACUCCACGCUGGCCAUGUGCGCUCGAGACGGUCAGAUCCGAGUGGCUGAGCUGUCGGCCACACAGCGAUGCAAGAACACCAAGCGGGUCGCGCAGCACAAAGGGGCGGCACACAAGCUUGCCCUGGAGCCAGAUUCCCCCUGCUCCUUCCUGUCUGCUGGAGAGGAUGCCGUGGUGUUUGGUAUUGACCUGCGUCUGGACCGUCCGGCCAAUAAACUGGUGGUAGUAAAGGAGGGUGAUAAAAAAGUGGGCCUGUACACCAUCUUUGUCAACCCAGCAAAGACACAACACUUUGCUGUGGGCGGAAGAGACCAGUAUGUGAGGAUUUAUGACCAGAGGAAGAUCAAUGAGAACGAUAACAAUGGUGUGCUGAAAAAGUUUUGUCCCUCACAUCUGGUGUCCAGCGAGUCCAAAACCAACAUCACCUGCCUCGUGUACAGCCACAAUGGCACAGAGCUCCUGGUCACUUACAACGAUGAGGACAUCUACCUGUUCGACUCCAACCACAGUGACGGGGCAGACUACCGCAGGAGAUACAAGGGACACCGCAAUAAUGCAACAGUGAAGGGGGUGAACUUCUAUGGGCCGUGCAGUGAGUUCGUGGUCAGUGGAAGUGACUGCGGACACAUCUAUCUGUGGGACAAGUACUCUGCUCGCAUCGUCCAGUUUAUGGAGGGAGACCGGGGAGGAGUGGUGAACUGUUUGGAGCCACAUCCCCACCUUCCAGGUCUGGCCACCAGUGGGUUGGACCACGACAUCAAACUGUGGGCCCCCACGGCUGAAAGCCCCACGGGGCUCAAGGGCCUUAAAGAGGUGAUGAAGAAAAACAAGCGGGAGCGCGAUAAAGACAGUGUGCGCCACGGUGACCAGUACGACACCCAGCUGCUGUGGUUCCUGAUGAGACACAUGAGGAACAGGCGGCCGCAGAGGGCCCGCCGAGAGGGAGCAGACACGGACACGGACGAUUCCUGGAGCUCUCCAGAUUCCUCUGAAGAAGAGGAAGGAGGUCCAGACCACGUUCAGUGCAUGUCCUCUUGAGCAACACACAUACAUACAUACACACACAUACAUACAUUGUAUUGCCCUUGAAUUGAUGCACAUAUGCACAAUUGACACACUGGCAAACUCAAACACUGACGAGCCACAGACUUGUUUUUGUUUUCUUUUUACACGCAUACAAACUCACACUAAAUGACACAUACUUCUGAAGCAGUGACGGAGCUUUACGGCUGGUUUUCCAUCAGUUGCGUGUGUGCAAAUGACGACUACACACUGCAUACACACUUCCAGAAUCCAGAUUUUUUUCCCCUUCGAUUGUACAAAGAGGUUUAGUGAGUGCUUGUGCGUACAUUAUCUCGAUGCGCUGUCUAGCCCCAGAACAAUGGACUGUGUGUGUCUGUGUAUGGCAACCAGCACCCUGUAGGACGCUACACAUCACCAGCACACUAUUCCCCUCUCUUAGUGACGCACCUCUUGAGCUCUCUGUGUUGAUAUAGGGAGUAAGGGCUUAGAAUCACACCAUCAUACCAUCCCCUCAAUGUGACUUCCUUUAAGAUUUGAACUCGCAGAGGGAAACCCGUGUCCCCUCCCUGCAUCGCCCCAGUCUCAUACUUAUUUCUUGGCCUGAACUUGUGCAGCUAGUUGCAUUUUUCACACGUUUUCUCUCCGAAGACUACUAAAUCCCUACAUGCUGCAUCACCCGACACGCUGCCCUCAAGCUAGUCCCGCCCCUCUUCUUUCCAUCACCCUCCCCCUCACUACUGAGUGCACUUUGAAUCAGGGACGCUUUAGUUUGAGACGGACAAAAUGUGCACUGGGUGUGUGAUUUUGGGGGAAGAGCUGUUGUAUCCUUCAUUGGAGACCUCAGUGAAGUUUAGUUAAUUGUUAUUGAUUUUAUUUUUUUUUGGUGGAGGGGGGAGAUAUUUUGCACUUAAGCAUUUCUUUGACUGAGAGAAAAAGAGGGAUUUUUGCUUGCAGCAGCUUUUCCUCUCCCUCCUCCUUCCUCUUCCCCGAUUCUCCAUCUUUGACAGGAAGUCUUGACUGGUGUUCAGCAUGUGCAUAGGAUAAUGAAUGAGGUGGGGGCCUGGUGGGGAACACCCAAUCCAAUGUUAACACUGCCGAUGUGCUCAUUGAGAUUGGAGUAAUAACCAUGUGGUUCCUGAAAAUGCUUCUAUGAUGUCAACGGUCUUAAAUCAAUUGCUGAAGGAGGUCUUUCAAACAAACAUUUGAACUCCACAACUCAGAGGAGGAAUGAGGGGGAGGUCAAUAUGCUUGCCAGUCAUUUGUUGUGAGAGCGAUAAAAUCCAGCUUUUCUCAUUUUCUAUGAGAACUCUAGUUAGUUGAAUUUAUAUGUACAUAUAUAUAUAUUAAAACUGUAAAAACAACUUUAGCAAAUGCGGUUUGACUUCAAUAAGAAAAAAAACUAAGAUGUCAAAACAUUUAAUUGGUAUUGAUGCAGAGGUUUAUAUUCUAUAUGAGGACAAAGUACUUGAGGCACCACUUUUCUUCAGGUUUUCCUUUUUAAGGACGACAUCCUUCUGGUAUGAGCUGAAUAGCUGUCGAGUAUUAAAGUAGUUAUUCGCUUUCUUGUUCAAGAAAAGAAAAGGUUUCCUUUCUAGAUCUUCAGUCAUUUGAGACAGUUAUAUCCAGAUUUUCCCACUGGCAGUUUUUGGCAUCUUGUACACAUAAGGCAUUGAACUAUUUGUUUUGUCCACCACUGCCUAAAUAUUGCAUAAUACCAGUUAAGUUGGAAAUAUGUACAAUUUGUGCAAUAAACAAAGACAGUGCUCUUGAUGUGA